GGAAUUGCAAGCAACCGCUUCCAGCACGAUGUUCUCAGUCCGCGAGCGGCCGUUGUCGGUUCGGUUCAGUGAGAGAGCUUUCAAAGUUCAAAAACACGAAAAAACGUCGUCGCUUCUUUCCCCAAAAAACAUGUGCAUGGUGUUCUAGAACCGGAAGCUGUGCUACGAUGUUCCAGUUCGGCUAAGACCAUCCCCGGCCUUUGUUAUGUUUUGUUUUGUUUGAAUAUUAAUUGUUGAGUGUGUGUUUUGUUGGUUGGCACCAUGAGGUGGUUCGGGGGAAACCCGAGUUAUUUAAACUACUUGUCAAUUCUGGUAUUUUGUUGUUGGACUAUUUUCCUCGUCAUUGCGGAUUCCCGACUGUCACCUGCUCCAGGUGGGGAUCCCUCGGGAGUUGUUUGUCCUUUGGGCAUGUUCCGGUGUCCUGAGGGAAAAUGCAUUCCGGCAAUAUGGGUAUGCAAUUAUGAAAAAGACUGUGAAAAGGGAGAGGAUGAGUUUCAAUCAUGCUCUCCUCCUGAUUGUGAACCGGGUCAACUUACAUGUAGACAAUAUAUCUGGAAUAAAACGUAUUGUAUUCCACCACAUUAUCGCUGUGAUAUGACUGUGGACUGUAUAGAUGGAUCAGACGAAACGGAAUGUACAUACAGAAAGUGCCAAGCCGACGACUUCCACUGCGGGUCGCGUGCAUCCGAUCCCUGUAUUCCAAAAGAGAAAAAAUGUGACGGUUACUUAGAUUGUCGAUCUGGAAAAGACGAGCAAGGCUGUUCAGGCAUCGCUUGCCGACUUGAUCAAUUUAGAUGCGCCAACGGCCAACGUUGUAUAGAACACUCGCAGAAAUGCGACCACAAAAACGACUGCGGAGAUAAUUCCGAUGAGCAGGGUUGUAACUUCCCGCUCUGCCAAGGUGUCCAAUUCAGAUGUGCCAAUGCCUUGUGUAUACCCGGAGCAUUCCACUGUGAUGGAUACCAGGACUGCUCCGACGGUUCCGACGAAGUCAAUUGCACUGCGAUCGCCUGUCCCGACAACAAAUUUCUCUGUCCCAAAGGCGGGAAUAAUCGCAGCCCCAAGUGCAUCCCCAAGAAUAAGUUAUGUGAUGGGAAGAGGGAUUGUGAGGAUGGGGCUGAUGAGGAGACGGCCUGCUCGAAAUUAUCAUGUCCUUCACUGGGGUGCGAAUACAAAUGCCAGGCCUCUCUGACUGGGGGCUCCUGCUACUGUCCAGACGGCCGCAAGUUGGCCCCCGACAACCGCACGUGCGUCGACAGAGACGAGUGCCUGGAAUGGGGCUUCUGCGACCAAAUCUGCACCAACUCGGACGGCGGCUACAAGUGCUCCUGUGCCCCCGGGUACGCCCUCAAGGACAAAAACAAGUGUAAUGCCCUAAACGCCAGCUCGAUGAUGCUGUAUUUCGUCCACGACAAGGCCAUUUUUCGGAUGAGUCCGACUGGACAGGAUGUGCAAGUCAUUGCGAAUACAACCGGUGCCAGUGGAUUAGAUUUCCAUUACAACAAAAAUAUGCUCUUUUGGUCGGACACUAAGACCAAACGGAUCCACUCGCAACAACUAAAAAUGUCUUCAAACGGCAUUACAACCAUCACCGACAUCGACGUAGCUCUCCCAGGCAUGUGGCUUCCUGUUGCCAUCGCCGUCGAUUGGGUCGGUAACAAGCUCUAUGUCGCUGAUUCCGUCGGCCAAAAAGUCGAUGUCUUUGAACUCCCUUCAGCUCGAUGGCACGCCAUCGUCCUCGGCUCAAACCUCACCAACCCCGCUGACCUGGCCCUCGACCCCACCGUGGGCUACCUCUUCGUGGCCGACAGCUCCCAGGUUCUUCGUGCUAACAUGGACGGCACCAACGCGCACGCCAUCGUCUCCGAAGCGGCAUACAAAGCCUCCGGCAUCGCCGUGGACAUCAUCGCCAAGCGCGUCUUCUGGUGCGACUCCUUGCUCGACUACAUCGAAACGGUGGACUACAACGGCCAGCGACGCUUUCUGGUGGUUAGGGGCCAAUCGGUGCCAAGUCCGGCCCGUUUGGCGUUAUUCGAAAGCCGGGUUUACUGGACUGAUGGCACGAAACAGGGAGUUAUGUCCGUGGAUAAGUACGACAGCUCGAGCAUUCAGUCCAUCUACCGUAUGCAGGAUAUCAGAGAUCCGAAGGCAGUUAAAGCCGUACAUGGCUUGACCCAGCCGUAUGCAAGUAACCCCUGCGGUCACAACAACGGCGCUUGUCAUCACAUGUGCAUCAUAACUAACACGGGGGGAAGUUUAGGGUUCCGGUGUGCUUGCGAUACCGGGUUUAGACUAACGGCGGAUGAGAGGACGUGUGAUUUAGUCACCGAGUUCUUGAUGUAUUCGCAGCAGAGGUUCAUCAAGGGGAAGGUGCUGGAUCCUGUUAUUGAAGGGUUCAGUGAUGCGAUGCUUCCAGUGGUGUCUCGCAGAGCUCGAUUCGUUGGUCUAGAUUUCGACGCUCGCGACCAACACAUCUACUACUCCGACGUCCUCCAGGACGUGAUAUACAGAGUGCACCGCAACGGCACCAGUCGAGAAAUAGUCCUUGCAUCACAAAACGAAGGUGUCGAAGGUCUUGCCGUCGACUGGGCUUCCAAAAACCUCUACUACAUUGACAGCCGCAAAGGCACCUUAAAUGUUCUAUCCACCCGAAAUGUUACAUAUCGACGAACCUUGCUUAAAAAUUUAAAACGUCCGCGAGCGAUUGUUGUUCAUCCAAAUAAGGGUUAUUUAUUUUUCUCUGAAUGGGAUCGACCGGCUAAUAUAUCGCGGGCGGCAAGUGAUGGAACAAACUUGACUGUUUUUAAAAAUUUAACACUUGGAUGGCCGAAUGGACUCUCGAUUGAUUUUCAACAAGAUCGGUUGUAUUGGUGUGAUGCGUUGCUGGACCAUGUGCAACACUCUAAUCUGGAUGGUACUGAUGUGAAAACUGUCAAUUCGAGAUUAAUCAGACAUCCGUUCAGUAUUGUGAUACAUAAGAAUUUCAUGUAUAUUACUGAUUGGCGGUUGGACGCGAUUAUCAAGCUGCAUAAAUUGACGGGCGAGGAUGAAGAAACACUGAUAAGGGAACCGCAAACUAAUCGGCUUUAUGGAGUUAAGAUAUACAGCGAGCAGGAACAACGAAUCGACAGCAACCACCCUUGUUGGACAAACAACGGCGGUUGUUCGAAACUCUGUUUCGCCGUUCCUAUCGAAAGUGGAAGUUUGGUCGCGAAAUGUGGUUGUCCAUACGGGGAACGAUUAAUGCCCGACCAAAAAACCUGCCAAGCUGACCCAAGCCACGAACCUCCGGUGCAAGCAUGUCCAAACAGUUGGGACUUUACGUGCAACAAUCAGAGAUGUAUUCCAAAAUCGUGGGUGUGUGAUGGCGACGACGACUGUUUAGAUAACAGUGAUGAAGAACAAAAUUGUACAAAACCAACCUGCGGAGCGAACGAAUUCCAAUGCAAAUCAGGCCGUUGCAUCCCUAUGACUUUCAAAUGCGACGCUGAAAAUGACUGUGGCGAUUUUAGCGACGAAACCGGUUGCGUGAACGUAACUUGCGGCUCGACGCAAUUUCAUUGCGACAACGGCCGUUGCAUCCCCAACAGCUGGAAAUGCGACUCAGAAAACGACUGCGGGGAUGGUUCUGACGAGGGUGAAUCAUGUGCUGAGAAAACGUGCGCUUAUUAUCAAUUCACUUGUCCACGGACGGGACACUGCAUCCCCCAGAAUUGGGUCUGUGAUGGAGAUGACGACUGUUUCGAUAAACAGGACGAACAGGACUGUCCUCCCAUCACCUGCCAGCCGAACCAGUUCAAAUGCGCUGAUUUACGGCAGUGCGUGCAAGAAAGUUACAAAUGCGACGGGAUUCCGGAUUGUAAUGACGGCAGUGAUGAAUUGGGUUGUCCAUCGAUUGCACCUGAUCAGUGUAAUAACGAAAAGCAGUUUCAAUGUCAAUCGUCGAAUAUUUGCAUUCCGAAGGCAUGGCACUGCGAUGGGACGCACGAUUGUGACGAUGGGUCCGAUGAACCGGAAUCUUGUGGACAGAUCAAGUGUGCACCCAACUUUUACAUGUGCAACAAUGGGCAGUGCGUUUUCAAGGCCUACAUUUGCGACGGCAAAGACGAUUGUGGCGACGGUUCCGACGAGAGCUACAUUCACGCUUGCAAAAAACCACCAUUCCGAUGCCCAGAUGGCCAAUGGAACUGUCCUGGAGUAUCGGAACGUUGUGUAAACUUAACCAACGUUUGUGACGGCAAACCGCACUGUCCUAACGGCGCUGACGAAGGUCCUGAUUGUGAUUUCAAAGAAUGCCAACACCAAGGCGGCUUAUGUUCCAAUGGGUGUAAACAAACGCCCAAUGGACCAUUAUGUCUAUGCCCAUCAGGCGAAACCUUGAAAGAUGACGGGUUUGCAUGUGAAGACCUCAACGAGUGCGAACCACCCGGUAUUUGCUCACAAACUUGCACCAACACCAAAGGCUCCUACUUUUGUAGCUGUGUGCCGGGUUAUUUACUAGAACCCAACAAACACUCGUGCAAAGCUUACAAUCAUUCGUCAGCAUUUUUGAUCAUUUCCAACCGACAUUCCAUUCUUGUGGCCGAUUUGAAGGAUCAAGGCCUGGAAAGAGUACCAAUUAUUGUCGAAAAUGUAGUCGCUACUGCGUCAAAUAUGCACACAGGGACCAUAUUUUGGUCCGAUAUGAAGUUGAAGAAAAUUUCGAGGCUUGAUAGAGGCGGUGAACCGGUUGAAGUUAUUUCGAAUGGGUUAGAUCUGGUUGAAGGUUUGGCCUAUGACUGGAUUGGCGGAAAUAUCUAUUGGUUGGACUCCAAACUUAAUACGAUUGAAGUUGCAAAGGAAAAUGGUAGUAACAGGAUUGUUCUCGUGAAGGAAAAUAUCACACAACCGAGAGGAAUGUGUCUGGAUCCAAGUCCAGGUACUCGGUGGUUGUUCUGGACCGACUGGGGCGAAAACCCACGGAUUGAAAGAAUCGGAAUGGAUGGAACCAAACGUUCGACGAUUAUCAACACUAAAAUCUAUUGGCCAAAUGGAUUAACACUUGAUACAGCAACUCAAAGAGUGUAUUUUGCUGAUUCCAAACUUGACUUUAUCGAUUUUUGCUACUACAAUGGAACAGGCAGACAACAAGUACUUGCAGGAAGUCAUUAUCUUCUCCAUCCACACUCUUUAACCCUGUUUGAAGACACUCUCUAUUGGACCGAUCGGCAACUAAAUCGGGUUUUAUCAGCACACAAAUUUAAAGGCAAUAAUCAAACCGUUGUUUCGCAUUUAAUUUCACAACCUUUGAGUAUUCACGUCCACCAUCCCUCUCUACAGCCAAUUACGGAAAAUCCCUGUCAGAAUAAUCCGUGCCAGCAUAUUUGUCUCUUAUCACCAUCUUCCAGUACUGGUUAUACUUGCAAGUGCAAGGCUGGGUUUAAAUUGAUUUCGGAUGGACGUUGCACUGAGGAAGAAUUGUCGUUGCUUUUGGUGAUGACUGGUACUCAAAUUAUUGACGUUUCUGCUACACCAGGUGACAAUUCUGCUGGGUUCCUUACACCCAUUGUGGGUGUGGAAAAUGGGGUCCAAAUUGAAUACGACAGGAAAAAUAGUGUUGUUUUCUGGGUGGAGGGCAAAGAAACUGAAGACGAAAAUUUCACUAUUUGGACAACGCCCUACAGCGGCGGCAACAAAACCCAAUUCCUCGGCAUCGACUCAGGCAUUGUCGGCUCUGCUUCGGCAAUUGCCUUCGACUGGCUCGGAAGAAACCUUUUUAUCGGCAAUCGCGUUGCGAGCAACUUUGAAGCCGUCCGAGUCGAUGGAAAAGUCAAACACCGAACUGUUAUUCUCGCCAACGACGGAAACAAAACUUCCGUUGCAAAACCACGAGCAAUGUGUCUUGAUCCGACCGAAGGCAAGUUGUUCUGGACGGACGAUGGAGGUUCUGGUGUACCACAGAAAAUCGGAAAAGUUAACAUGGAUGGUUCUAAUGCUGUGGUUCUGGUGGAUGAAGUGGAACGACCUAAUGCCAUCACAGUAGACAUUGAUACGAAAAUUUUGUACUAUAGUACUCAGUUCCCGCCUAGUAUAGUGUCGAUUGACUACUAUGGUAGUAAUAGUAAGGUGAUUCUGACGGAGGAAAAUGCCAUUUCGAAGCCUAAAGCUUUGGGGGUGAUGGGUAGUCGAUUGUUUUACUUGGAUCCGGUUUAUGAGAACUUGAUUCGAGUUGAUUUGCCCAAUGGAAACAACGCCAAGACGAUUCUUGAAAAUGAGCCCAACUUGCGGACCUUUACGAUUUACAGAAAACGCCAAAUGGUGGACCACCCAUGCCUGCAAGGCAACGGCGGCUGUGAGCAAAUUUGCCUUCCUGGUGAAGGACGAUCUCGUUCGUGUGCUUGUGGUGUCGGUUACAAGAAAGAAAACGAAAUCAGUUGCACACCAUACAAAACUUUUGCCGUUGUUGCCCAACUUGACAUGGUCCGAGGGUACAGUCUUAAAGACAGUUCCGAGGCCAUGGUACCCAUCAGCGGUCCCGGUCACCAUAUCCUCCACAUUGACGUCCACUACCUGGAAUCCUGGAUCUACUGGGUAGAACACAAUCGAGUCACCUGGAACGGAAUUUUCCGAAUACGACCAAACGGAACCGAACUCCAACAUGUCGUUAAAACAGGAAUCGGAAGUAACGGAAUCAGAGGAUUGGCAAUCGAUUGGGUUGCUCGGAAUUUGUAUUUCACCAAUGUUUUCCCGCAUGAAAAUUACGUGGAAGUGUGCUGGUUGGAUGGUACUAACCGCAAGGUUAUUUUUAAGACCACAACCGACUCCCCACGCGAACUGGCCGUAAACCCCUUAAAACGCAUCCUCUACUGGAUCGACUACGGCCAAUACCCUCGCAUCGGCAAAGCCAACCUGGACGGUUCCGGCUGGAUGCCCGUCAUAACCUCCGGCAUCAGCAACCCCACCGACCUAACCAUCGACAUGAACACCCACGACGUCUACUGGAUCGACUCGAAACUGGACACCAUCCAGAAAAUCUCCUACAACGGCGGCAACCGCCAAAUCAUCCGUCGCAACCUCCCCAACCCCAUGGGCAUUGCCGUCCACAAGAGCGAAGUCUACUGGGUCGACCGCAACCUGCGCACCGUCUUCAAAGCCUCCAAAAUCGUCGGCAACACCACACUCCCAAACCGCGUCCGAACAAACCUGCAAGGCCUACGCGACAUCGCCAUCUUCGACGUCACCAACCAGCCCACAGACGAGACAAACCCGUGCAAAUUCCGCAACGGCGGCUGCGAACAAUUGUGUUUCUCGUUCCCGAAUGAUGGAACAACAAGGAGUUCACUUAAGUGUGACUGUGCCACGGGAAAUUUAGGCUCUGACGGCAGAAAAUGUGAAUACGUUAACGAAUAUCUCGUUUUUUCAACCAGGACGGAGAUUAGGGCCAUUAACUUGGACCCAAGAUCGACAAAUGUGCCUUUUAGCCCUGUAGGGAAUCUCACAAACGUGGUGGGGAUUGAUUUUGAUUACAAGGACCAGAAAUUGUUGUUUACACAAAUCAGGCCAUGGGCCCGCAUUGCUUACAUGCCGGCAACCACGCCGAAAAACACCGAUAUUAAGAACAUAAUCAGUCGGGGGAUUAAUCCCGAAGGGAUAGCGUACGAUUGGACGCAGAAAAAAAUCUACUGGACCGACUCAAGCAACCACAGUAUUUACGCCAUGAACUUGGACGGUUCCCACUUAGUUAUGAUUGCACGAGUUGAACGUCCAAGGGCGAUAGUUAUUGACCCUUGUAACGGUACUCUUUAUUACACCGACUGGGGAAAGUUCGGUACUAACGGUAAAAUAAUCCGAACCACGAUGGCAGGCUCAUUAAAACGUGUGAUAAUCGAUAAGAAUUUGGCACAACCUUCCGGACUUGCAAUCGAUUAUGAGGACAAAAAACUAUAUUGGACGGAUGCCGUCCGUGAGAAGAUCGAACGCGCGGAUCUAGACGGCCAAAACCGUGAAGUUCUCGUUUCUGCCACCAUUUAUCCCUUUUCUAUAACUGUCUACGGGGAUUAUAUCUACUGGACUGAUUUGCAGUUAAGGGGUGUUUAUAGGGCGGAGAAACACACCGGUAAUAAUAUGAUUGAGAUGGUUAAGCGUCUGGAAGACAGUCCGAGGGAUAUCCAGGUUUAUACGACCACACGUCAGGCGUGUAGUGUGAACCCGUGUAAUAUUAACAACGGUGGGUGUGCGAAAAGUUGUCAUCCGGGUCCGAACGCAACGGCGGAGUGCCGGUGUGACGAUAGUACCAAGUUGGUCAACGAGGGGCGAAUGUGUGUGGCGAAGAAUUUGACUUGUGAUACGAGUAAAUUUUAUUGUGCCAAUGGAAGGUGUAUUUCGAGGAUGUGGGCCUGUGAUGGGGAGGAUGAUUGUGGGGAUAAUAGUGAUGAGGAUACGAAUUAUUGCUCUUUCCACUCCUGCUCUCCCAACGAAUUCCGCUGUGCCAACGGCCGCUGCAUAUUCAAAUCAUGGAAAUGCGAUCACGAAAACGACUGUAAAGACGGCUCUGACGAAAAGGAUUGCCAAUACCCGCCUUGUGCUGUUGGAGAAUUCACUUGUGCCAAUCACAGAUGCAUUCCCAUGUCUCAAGUUUGCAACGGUGUAAACGACUGCAAAGAUAACGUCACGUCUGAUGAAACACACGAACGCUGUCCACAAAACACCACAUGUCCCGCCAAUCACCUCAAGUGCGAAAAAACUAACAUUUGUGUCGAACCGUAUUGGUUGUGUGAUGGUGAUAACGAUUGUGGAGAUAAUUCUGAUGAAAAUCCGUUGCAUUGUGCACAAAGGACUUGUCCGCAGAAUAGUUUCAGGUGUCCGAAUCAUCGCUGUAUUCCAGCAACUUGGUACUGUGACGGUGAUGAUGAUUGUGGUGAUGGAGCAGAUGAACCACCAGAGUAUUGCAAAAGUGAGGGUAGGACUUGUUUCGGUGAUUUGUUCACUUGUGAUAAUGGAAAUUGUGUUCCGAGAAUUUAUAUCUGUGAUGGUGAUAAUGACUGUUUGGAUAACAGUGAUGAGGAUAGCAGACAUGAAUGCAAUGACCGAAAAUGUGACGAACAAACCGAAUUCACCUGUGAGGCAAACAAAGCCUGGGGCAGAGCUCAGUGCAUUCCACGAAAGUGGUUAUGUGAUGGUGACCCUGACUGUGUUGAUGGAGCUGAUGAAAAUUCCACUAUACACCACUGUGCAACACCGCAACCUUGUUCCGAAGACCAAUUCACUUGUGCGAAUGGAAGAUGUAUUAACAAGGGUUGGUUGUGUGACCACGAUAAUGAUUGUGGUGACGGAACCGAUGAAGGCAAGGAAUGUAACUCUAAAUACAAAACAUGUUCAGCGAAAGAAUUCACUUGCCAGAACUUUAAAUGUAUCCGUAAUCAGUAUAGGUGUGAUGGAGAGGAUGACUGUGGGGAUCAUUCGGAUGAAGUUGGAUGCAAAAAAGAAAAUAACACUUGUGCCAAUCCUUCACAAUUUAGGUGCAACAAUGGAGACUGUAUUGAUGGUCAUUUAGUUUGUAAUAAAGUGUCAGACUGUGCUGAUGAUUCUGAUGAACCUUUACAUUGUAAUGUUGACGAAUGUGCCAAAGUUGAAAUUCAUCAGUGUGGUCAUAAGUGUGUUGAUACUUUGACUGGGUAUUACUGCGAGUGCAACGCUGGAUACAAACUACUUCAAGACGGCAAAGCAUGUGCCGACAUCGACGAAUGCGUUGAAACCCCCGGUGUGUGUUCGCAAUACUGUUCAAACACCCCCGGAAGCUUCUACUGCAAAUGUAACGAGCAAUACUACGAACGCGAACCCGACGAACACACCUGUAAACGUAAAGACACCGUCGAACCUUGGAUUAUUUUCACCAAUAAAUACUACAUCCGUAACAUGUCAAUUGAUGCACGUGUCUAUAACCUCGUCCAUCAAGACUUAAUGAACGUGGUGGCUCUCGAUUACGAUAUGAUGGACCAAAAAAUGUACUUCUGUGACGUAACCGCCAAAACUAUUUAUCGUUCACCAAUCGGAAGCCCCGAAAAAGAACCAAUUAUACGCCAUGACUCGCAUGGUCUUGAGGGAAUUUCAAUUGAUUGGAUUGGACGUAAAAUUUAUUGGUUGGAUAGACAUUCCAAGAAUUUGGACGUUUCUGAACUUGAUGGUACAAACCGCAAGACACUUAAAACAAGUAUUAAUGAUCCUAGAGCUGUGGUGGUGCACCCUGGUAUUGGAUAUUUGUACUUUACGUCGUGGCAUUUGCAAGCUUACAUCGGGAAAUUGGGUAUGGACGGUAGCAACUUCACCACAAUUCUAACAUGGGAAGACGACAUUGCAUGGCCAAACGCCCUCACCAUUGAUUUCUUUACCGAUCGUUUAUAUUGGGCUGAUGCCCAUCUGGACUACAUUGCUAUGUCUGAUUUGGACGGAAAGAACCGCCACAUUGUCAUUUCCGGUUCUUCAGUACCUCACGUUUUCGCUUUGUCACUUUUCGACGACUACAUUUAUUGGACCGAUUGGAAUUUGAAAGCCAUAAGUCGAGCCAAUAAAUUCGAUGGGAAAAAUUUGCAAAUUUUGAGAAAUACUACACACAAGCCGUACGAUAUUCAUGUUUUGCACCCCUUGAGACAGUUACCAUACCCUAACCCUUGUGGUACUAAUAACGGGGGUUGUUCGCAUUUGUGUUUGAUUGCACCGCCACAUAUUUCGAGUUAUUUGAACAUUGAAUAUGGGGAAGAAGGAGCUACGACUUAUAAGUGUGCGUGUCCGAAUCAGUUUUAUUUGGGGAAGGAUGGAAAAACGUGUAUUGCUAAUUGUACAAGUGGGCAAUGGCAGUGUAAGGGACAUGACGAGAAGUGUAUUCCUUGGUUCUGGCAAUGUGACGGAGAACGCGAUUGCAAAGACGGCUCAGACGAACCUUCAACUUGUCCUCCCAGACAAUGUCGUGCUGGUACCUUCCAGUGCAAAAAUGGUAACUGCACCCCAUCAUCGACCAUCUGUGAUGGUACCGACGACUGUGGUGAUGGUUCCGACGAACAACAAUGCGACAUGCCUUGUCCAGAGUUAGAAUUCAAGUGUCGAUCAAACGGUCGCUGUAUUUUGGACAGUUGGAAAUGUGAUGGUGAUCCAGACUGUAAGGAUGGUUCCGAUGAAGAUCCAAGUAUUUGUAAUAAACGGGAAUGCGAUCCUGCGACGCAAUUUUCAUGCAAGAAUGGUCGCUGUAUCCCGAAAUUGUGGGUCUGCGACUUUGAUAAUGACUGUGGAGAUGAUUCCGAUGAGCCGGCUUACAUGUGCAGGCAGAAGAAUUGUACGACGGGAUGGCAGAGGUGUCCAGGAAGGAAUAAUUACAGAUGCAUCCCGAAAUGGCUUUUCUGUGACGGCAAAGACGACUGCCGUGACAAAUCGGACGAACUCCCCGAAAACUGCCCACAAUGCAACCCCGCCACUGACUUCAAAUGCGCCAACAAUCGUUGCGUCCCCAACCAAUGGAAAUGCGACUUUUCGGACGACUGUGGCGACAACUCUGACGAAAGUGACGAUCUCUGCAAAGGCACCUAUCGCGAAUGUUCCGAAUCGGAAUUCAAAUGCGCCAAUGGAAAAUGCAUCUCAUCGCGUUGGCGUUGCGACCAUGAAGAUGACUGUGGCGAUAAUUCGGACGAAACGAGUUGUCGCGAAUUUCAAUGCAAAAAUGGAACCUUCCAGUGUGCUUCCGGUCAUUGCAUUGCGUCCUAUUUCCGGUGUGAUGGCGAUAGGGAUUGUCGUGAUAUGUCAGAUGAGAAGAAUUGUCCUCCAAGGUAUCCUGGAGGAAGAUAUUGUCCUGAAUCACGUUUCCAGUGCAAUAAUCAUCUGUGUAUAAGCCAGGCUGAUUUGUGUGAUGGUGCCGAUGAUUGUGGAGAUGGGUCGGAUGAAGCGCCCUCUUUGUGCACCAAUUUCAACUGUGAUACGUUGAGGCGCUUCCAGUGUGCGAAUCAUAAGUGCAUCCCCAGGUACCAACUGUGUGACCACGUGGAUAACUGCGGAGACGGUUCUGAUGAAAACAACAUGACUUUAUGUGCCACCAAAAUCAAACCUUGCAACGUCAUGACUGAAUACAAGUGUGCCAACAAAAAAUGCAUAGAUAAGGCACAAGUUUGUGAUUUUGCCGACGAUUGUGGCGACAGUUCGGACGAACUAGGUUGUCAUCACAACAACGUCUGUACUGUAGAUAAUCGAGGAGGGUGUGAACACCAUUGCAUGAACCUGACUGAUGGUGGCUACAUCUGUGCUUGCUUCUCAGGUUUUAUCAUUUCUAAAGAAAACCGGAAAGUGUGUCUUGAUGUGGAUGAAUGUGCGACUGGAUUACACCAUUGCUCGCAAAUUUGUACCAAUUUGAAUGGCAGUUAUACGUGUUCGUGUCAUGAAAAGUUCAGACUUUCGGAUGGAUUGUCUGGCGUUUGUAAAGCACUGAAUGAGGAUUUGACUUUGUUGUUUGCCAACGGGCCUGAGAUUCGAUCGUAUAAUCCGAAAAGUAACGAGGAGAAUGAUGUGAUUAGUGAAGAGAAGAGGAUUGAAGCGAUUGACUAUAAUCCCAACACGCAGAUGGUCUACUGGGCUGACAGUUACGACAAAACCAUCAAACGUUCGUACAUGAUCAACGCCGUUGAUGGUAAAGUCAAAGCCGGCUACGCCCAAGACCUCAACAUGAAAGGCAACUCAAAACCCACGGCUUUGGCCAUCGAUUGGGUCGGUGACAACCUCUACUGGACCGAAACAGACCGAGCUGGUUCUAAACCUAAAGGUAAAGUCAUGGUUGCGAAAACCGACGGUCGAUAUCGUCGAGCUCUGGUCAACGUUGGCCUCGAAAACCCAACAUCCAUCGUGGUGGACCCACAAUACGGCCGAAUGUUCUGGAGUGAUUCAGGUUCCGCACCCAAAAUUGAAGUUUCCUGGAUGGAUGGGUCCAAACGUAGACCAUUAAUUAUUGAUGGAAUACGCACUCCCACAGGACUUGCGAUUGACUAUGCCAUGGACCAUGCCCUCUACUGGGUGGACACGAAACUGAACAACAUCGAGUCGAUUAAAUACGAUGGUACUAAUCGUAAGACUAUUCUCAGGGGAGAGUUGUUAAAACACCCCAUUUCGCUGGAUGUUUUCGAGUCGGAUUUGUAUUGGAUAACGCGGGAUACUGGCGAGUUGGUCAAACAGGACAAGUUUGGACGUGGGGUGCCUGUGAUUGUCCAGAAGGAUUUGCUGAAUCCGUCCGGAGUCAAAAUUUACCACGAGCUGCGCUACAACAAAUCACUUACAAGUCCUUGCCACGACAACGAAUGCACACAUCUGUGUUUAUUGGUUCCGGGAGGACACCGAUGUUCUUGUCCAGAUUCAGCCGUACCUUCGUCGCAUCGCACCAAAGCCGAGAUAAAAUGUGACGCGGCUCAGGAACGACCAAGACCUGAUCCUAGGAUAUGUUUGUGUCAGAAUGGUGGAUUAUGUCGUGAAACUGAUAGUAAUGAGUUGGAGUGUGAAUGUCCACCUGAUUUCCAAGGACAGUACUGCGAUAUCCAUGCGGCGCAGAGCAGAGCUGAUGCUGCGUCCAAUACUAUUGCUAUAGUUGUGCCCAUUGUUAUUUUAUUGUUGUUGGGAAGUGCGGCAGGGAUUUGGUUUAUUGUCCGGAAACGUCCAUUUGGUAAAGGCACCGGCCUUGGCAGCUUGGCAAGCAGUCAGAGUGUGUCAUUCCGUCAAGGAACCAACGUCGAAUUUGGUUCAAACGCAUUCAAUGCAAACGGUGGCGGCGCCGAACCGCCACUAGAUGUCGCCUACAGUCUCGACCCAAUCAGUAACAAAAAUCGAGAUUUCCAUAAUCCCAUGUACGACGCCGUCCAGAAUAGUGCCGACACCGUCGGGAACGGCAGUGGAGCUUUGUAUGAGGUUCCGGUGGAUGUGAAGGCGAAAGGUGGCGACACGUUUACGGAGCCCCCGAGUGCGGUGAUAGCGCCAUCUAGCGUCACACACCGCUCCUCCCCCCAGGUGCAGGUGAGGCACCGAGAGCUGGAUCCCGCCGCCGCCGACACGGGCAAGGACACCCAAAAACUAGUAGAAGAAGACUGCUGAUAUAGGAGUAAAUAUUCGAUCCAUUGGUUAGUGCUAGCGUUAAUUAAGAGGUAGUGAAAUUCCAACAAUUCCAACUAACAACUUUCCAAUACCAAAAAUCGAAAGUAUAUUUUUAUACAAGGUGUCGGUUUUAUCGAUGAAUUAAAUUGGCCUAACUCACGUGCCAUUGACACCUUCCGAAUAACAACGGGUUGUGCCAAUUUAGUUUGCUUUGCGAAAUUUACAAUUAAUUAGAUCUUCCAUUUUAUAAUUCUGUAAAUAUAGGUCAUAAUGAAUGAGUGAUGAUCCAAUUUUCACAUUCCAGUAUUUGCAAUUGAUUUGACGAGUAUUAAAGGUAGCAACUUGUAUAUUAUUCCUUCAGUUUGUUUUAUUUAUGACACCGUCCACGCUUGGGUAAUGUUGAUGUAAUAACACAUUUUGUUUAAAAUUCAUUUUAAAUUUUAUUGAAUUGUUAUUUAAUUCAUAUAAUUUUAUACACAAAUUUUAAUGUUACGUUUUAGAGAUAUCUAUUGUGAACAUUAUUAAAUCUUUUUUUUUUAAUCUAGACUACACCCAUCCAGUCAUUACGUCAAGGAGUACUUGUCGCAAAUUUAAUAAUUUUCACAAUAAGUACUCACUUCCAAUCGUGUAUCUGUACAUAUUAACUAUUGAUAGUUUUGGGAGCAAAGAUGUAUGUUUUACAGUAAAUAAUAAAAGGUUGUUUAUAA